AUGGAGCCCUCGGAGGACUGGCUGGUGGAAUCCUUGCGCUUGUACCAGGAUUUCCAUGCAUUCGACCUCUCGGGAGCCACUCGAGUCCUUGAAUGGAUUGGUGACAAAGGAAUCUUGGUUUCUGGCUAUGAAAACCUGAAAAAAAAUGAGAUUCUUCAUCUGAUAUUACCUCUCAGACUUUCUGUAAAAGAAAACCAGGGCUUAUUCCCUGAAAGAGAUUUCAAGGUACGGCAUGGAGGAUUUUCAGACAGGUCUGUCUUUGAUCUGAAGUAUGUGCCAGACACCAGGUUGCUGGUGACCAGUGGCCUUCCCGGUUGUUACCUGCAGGUGUGGCAGGUGGCGGAGGACAGCGAUGUCAUUAAGGCUGUCAGCACCAUUGAUGUGCACGAGAAGGAGGGGCAUCUCUGGCCCAGGGUGGCCAUCUUCUCGUCGGCAGCGCCCGGAGUCCUCCACGGGACCAGGCUCAGCAGUCUGAAGGUGGUGGAUCUGGAAUCACAGAAGACCACGUACAGCUCAGGUGUCAGUGACGACGAGUUGCUGAGUAGCCUGCAGGUCCUGGACACAGACACCUUUGCCUUCUGCUGCACCUCGGGCCGCCUGGGGCUUGUCGACACCCGCCAGAAGUGGACCCCGUCAGAGAACCUCAGGCCCAGCUCUGGGUCCACUGGAGGGAGGUGGUGUGCAGAAGCUGGCCGGGGCCCUGGGCCCAGCAUUGCCAGCCUUGGCUCGGACGGACAGCUCUGCCUUCUUGACCCCCGGGAUCUCUGCCAGCCGGUGAGCUUGGUCCAGUGCCCAGUGUCCACGCCUAGCCCUGACCCAGAGCUGCUGCGAGUGACUUGGGCUCCAGGCCUGGACAACUGCUUGGCCAUUUCAGGUUUUGAUGGGACGGUCCAGGUCUAUGAUGUCAUGUCUUGGGAUGGAAUAGGGCGCCAAGUAGAACCUCUCUUCACUCACAAAGGUCACAUCUUCCUAGACGGCAAUGGGAUGGACACUGCUCCACUGGUCACCACCCACACCUGGCACCCCUGCAAACCGAGGACUUUGUUGUCCGCAGCAAGUGAUGCCUCUCUGCACGUAUGGGACUGGGUGGACCUCCAUGCUGUGUAG